UAUCAUAUAUCUUCCCAUAGCUAAAUUUUUAUGAAAACUUUACUUCGAAUCUAUUAUUUUUAAUGUUAAAUAAUUUUAUAUCUUUUUAUAACAUUUUUUAGUACCAAAAGAUAAUGCACCACUUUAUAGAUAGCUCGUAAAAAAAAUAAAUUGAGUAUCGUCUAAUAUUUCUUAUUAAUUAAUAAAUAACAUUAAUAUUUCUUUAUUUCGCAGACGUGGACGAGUGCGCGAUAGAAAAACCGUGCGGACAACUUUGUAUAAACGUACCCGGUAGCUAUCGAUGUCAUUGUAGAACCGGGUUUCAACUUCAACAAGAUGGCCAAUCCUGUCGGAGGAAUGGUGAGUAUGCAAAACGCGAAAUUCAAAAUAAAAUUUUACCAAGAAUAACUUUGAGAAAAUAUGCCUAUUUUUUUUAUAGAUACUGAUGAAAACGCCUUUGAAGCCCGCGACUUGGAAAACGAUUUUCACGACGUGUUGACAACAAAAGAUCCGAUGUCUUCUCAUGAUACAGAAAACGAGGUGAGCGAUGAUGACCAAGAUUACGAGAUCAUCUUAAAGAGAUUAACUAAACUCGAAAAGCAAGUGGCCAAAAACAGAAAGAGAGAUACGGAGGCUUCCGAGAUGAACACCAAAGUCACAUUAGCAAUCGACAGCAUCAACGAGAUGAAGAUAACUGUCGAGAACGUGCAACUAAUGCAACAGGAAGUAUAUGAUAUGAGAAGCAAAAUGAAACAGUACGAGGCAGAAGUGAGAAAAAUACAUCAUCUGAUGAAUCGCGUCGCGGAAUUAGAAAAUCGUCUGAGAAUACGCUGCAGAUCAGCGAUACCAAUAAAUAGCGGGUCGUUGAACUUUUAGCAUUGCUACAGCGUCAUUCUAUUAUCAGUACUAUUUA